UGCAGUGCAGUGAUCUCUUGUUACGUGUGCAACUCUGUUAUUGUGUGAGUUCAAGAAAAUGGCUGAGGCCAGUAUUUCAGUAGAUCAAGAUCAGUUCAUCUGUCCAGUGUGUCUGGAUCUCCUGAAGGAUCCGGUGACUACCCCCUGUGGUCACAGUUUCUGUAAGGUGUGUAUUAAUGGCUGCUGGGAUCAGGAAGAUCAGAAGGGUGUCUACAGCUGUCCUCAGUGCAGAGACACUUUCACUCCAAGGCCUGUUCUACGCAGAAACAACAUGCUGGCUGAAGUGGUGGAGAAACUGAAGAAGAAGACUGAAGUCCAAGCUGCUUCUCCUGCUCACUGUUACACUGGACCUGGAGAUGUGGAGUGUGAUUUCUGCACCGGGAGAAAACACAAAGCCAUCAAGUCCUGUCUGAUGUGUCUGGCCUCCUUUUGUGAAACUCAUCUGAAACCUCACUAUGAAGUUCCUGGAUUGAAAAAACACACAUUAGUUGCAGCUUUUGGAAAUCUUCAAGAGAAGAUCUGCCGUAGGCAUGAUGAAGUGUUGAAGGUCUACUGUCGUACUGACCAAAGCUUCAUCUGUUAUCUGUGCAUGACGGAUGAACACAAAAGCCACGACACCGUCUCAGUUAAAGCUUACAGAACUGAAAAAGAGAGUGAGUUAAUGGAGGAGCAGAUGAAAUCCCAGCAGAGAAUCCAGGCGAAGCAGAAGAAGGUGCAGGAGCUGAAACAGGCUGUGAACACUAUAAAGAUUAGUUCACAGAUAGCAGUUGAGGAAAAUGAGAUAAUCUUUACUGAGAUGAUCAGCUCCAUGGAGAAAAAGCGCUCGGAGGUGACGGAGCUGAUCAGAGCUCAGGAGAAGGCUGAACUGAGUCGAGCUGAACGACUCCUGGAGCAACUGGAGCAGGAGAUUGCUGAUCUUCAGAGGAGAGUCACUGAGCUGGAGCAGCUUUCACACAUACAUGAUCACAUCCAGUUUCUCCAGGAAAUGAAGAAUUUAGUCUCUGGUCAUCGCUGUCCCACAAUUAUUCGACCAGAUUUUCAAUAUUUGACUGAUCUCUGUGAGGACUCAUCCAGCAUCACUGUCAAUCAACAUCUCUUCUUUGACAGAGUGAGGAAAUCUCUCUCUGAUCUGAAAAAGAGACUUGAGGAGGAAUUCAUCAAAAUCCCUGAACAUGCUGAAGAAGUUCAGAUUUUACUCUCAGAGCCAAAGAGCAGAGAAGAGUUUCUGAAAUGUACGUCUACAGAAUGUUGUCAUUCCUCCCACAACAUUUUGACCACCAGUAGCUCUCAGGUUGCUGACAUCGUAGUUGUGCUCAGCCUGAGACAGUUCCUUAAAAAGAAGGCAACUGAAUGCAGACUGGGCUGUUCUCCAAAAUGCUGGGAGAGGACGGCCCCCUACACAUCCACCUUCAUGAUGAAGGGCUUGGAUCUGCCUGGGUUCUUAAGUAUGGGAGCUAAGCCUUCUAAAGCUGGGCAGUGGCUUAGUCAGCUGCUUGCUCCAGGUGAGAAGUUUUGGGCAGUUGUGCACAAAAAUGUGAUGGAAAGUGCAGUGAUCAUGAGGGCCCGGAUGAAGCUCAGUGUGAUCAUGUUGGAGUCUUCCAACCAACACAGAAGCAGGAAACCACUUCUCAUUUCAAAGAAAACAAAACACAGAGUUUCUCUCUCUAGCACUCUGUUACUGUGUAAGUUAAGGAAAAUGGCAGAAGCCAGUAUUUCAGUAGAUCAGGAUCAGUUCAGCUGUCCAGUGUGUCUGGAUCUCCUGAAGGAUCCAGCGACUAUCCCCUGUGGUCACAGUUUCUGUACGGAUUGUAUUAAUGGCUGCUGGGAUCAGGAGGAUCAGAAGGGCGUCUACAGCUGUCCUCAGUGCAGAGACACUUUCACUCCAAGGCCUGUUCUACGCAGAAACAACAUGCUGGCUGAAGUGGUGGAGAAACUGAAGAAGAAGACUGAAGUCCAAGCUGCUUCUCCUGCUCACUGUUACUCUGGACCUGGAGAUGUGGAGUGUGAUUUCUGCCCCGGGAGAAAACACAAAGCCGUCAAGUCCUGUCUGGUGUGUGUGGCUUCUCUUUGUGAAACUCAUCUGAAACCUCAUCUUGAAAUUCCUGCUUUGAAAAAACACAAGUUAGUCGAAGCUUCUGGAAAUCUACAAGAGAAGAUCUGCUCUGAACAUGAUGAAGUGCUGGAGAUGAUGGAUGAACACAAAAGCCAUGACACCAGCUCAGUUAACGUUUACAGAACUGAGAAAGAGAGUGAGUUAAAGGAGGAGCAGAUGAAAUUCCAGCAGAGAAUCCAGGAGAAGCAGAAGAAGGUGCAGGAGCUGAAACAGGCUGUGAACACUAUAAAGUUUGGUGCACAGAAAGCAGUUGAGGAAAAUGAGAUAAUCUUUACUGAGAUGAUCAGCUCCAUGGAGAAAAAGCGCUCGGAGGUGACGGAGCUGAUCAGAGCUCAGGAGAAGGCUGAACUGAGUCGAGCUGAACGACUCCUGGAGCAACUGGAGCAGGAGAUUGCUGAUCUUCAGAGGAGAGUCACUGAGAUGGAGCAGCUUUCACACACACAUGAUCACAUCCACUUCCUCCAGGAAAUAAAGGCUUUAGUCUCUGGUCAUCGCUCUCUGCAAAACGAGACAUCAAAUUUUCAGUCUGAUCUCUCUGAGGACGUUUUCAGCAUCACUGUCAAUCAGUAUCUAGUAUUUGAUGGCGUGAGGAAAUCUCUCUCUGAUCUGAAAAAGUUACUCGAGGACAUCUUCCAGGAGGAAUUGAUCAAAAUCCCUGAACAUGGUAAGAGGAGCUAUCAGAUUUUACUCUCAGAGCCAAAGAGCAGAGAAGAGUUUCUGAAAUAUUUCUGUGAUCUGACUCUGGAUCCCAACACAGUAAAUUAUAACCUCAUUCUGUCUGAGAAGAACAGAGUGGUGACGUGCAGUGAAAGAAAGCAGCGAUACUCUGAUCAUCCAGAGAGAUUUGACUCCUGGGAACAGGUCUUGAGUAAGGAGAGUGUGUGUGGACGCUGUUACUGGGAGGUGGAGUGGAGCAGUGAGAGAUGUGUGUACAUAUCAGUCUCAUAUAAAGACAUCAGAAGGAAAGGAUGGGGGAUCAAGUGUGGGUUUGGACGCAACAAUAAGUCCUGGAGUCUGGACUGUUCAUCUUAUUCUCCCACAUUCCAUCACAACAACAUUAAGACUAACCUCAGAGUUCCAUCACCCUCCAGAAUAGGAGUUUAUGUGGAUCACAGUGCAGGACUUCUGUCCUUCUACAGCGUCUCUGACACCAUGAAGCUCCUCCACAGAGUCCACACCACAUUCACUCGGCCUCUAUACGCUGGGUUUAGGCCAUACUGGGAUUUUCGGUGGAAAUCAGCACCAACUGUGAGGUUGUGUGAUCCAGAAAAGUAAUGGGUUUGUGGCGUUUUCUGGUCAGUAAUUUGUUGCUAACUAAUCCCAUUGAUCCUGAAGUGAAAAAAAUGUUAACCUUAAAUCAACAAAACACUGAACUUUACAGUGCUAAAUAAUUUUUGUAGGGGGCUCAAAUAAACUUAAAAUCAAACUGUUAGUAAUGCAGGACUGUAAAUAGCCAUUUAUCAGGUGAUUAUUAAUCAUUACUGCUAAGAUAUAAUGUGAGUUUAUUAUCAGUAAUGAAGUAAUGAAGUUAAUCAUUAAAAAAAUACACUGGAAAGUUGCCUAAUCACAGGCCGGUGGCACUAUUUGACUUUUUGGCUUGCAAUUUUCUCAGUGAGCUUCUGGUUAAAGUCAGUCAUCUCAGUCACCAGUCUCUUUUCCAUUGACAGCAUGGCCAAUGCAUUCAGCCUCUCCGGGGUCGUGCUUCAAGUAACAUGCCUUUCAAAACUUUACGGAGCUUCAUACACACAC